AUGCGUACGAAAAACUGUCAAGUGGUACAAGAAAUUUUUCUUUCAUCUGCUGGAUUUAUCAACCUUGAACGCAUAGGUGAUAUUAUUCCUCAACAGCGUGAUUUUCAUUCAGCAACAAAUUUAGAUGAUCAAAUGUAUGUAUUUGGUGGAAGAUUUGAUCAUAUUGGACAUCAACAAACAAGAGAAAAUAUAUAUGAUGAUCGUCUUUAUGUAUUUAAUUGUGAAAAUAAAUCAUGGUCAUUAGUUAUAGCAAAAGGAGAAAUACCAUCUGGAAGAAGAUCACAUUCUGCUUUUGUUCAUGAUGGAAAAUUAUAUAUAUUUGGUGGUUAUAAUAAUGUAAUUGGUAAACAUUUCAAUGAUUUAUAUGAAUUUAAUCCAUUAACAUUAUUGUGGCAUUGUAUAAAAGUUCAUGGUAUUGAAAAUCCUGUUCCUCGUCGACGACAAUGUUGUCUUAUUAUUGAUAAUCGAAUGUAUAUGUUUGGUGGAACAAGUCCAAUAUCAAUAUCAAGAUCAACAAAUAUAAAUAAUAGAGAUGAAAUAGAAGAUAUUGAGAUUCUUCGAACAACACUUUAUGAUCAAAGUGAUCUUUAUGUUUUGGAUUUUUGUCCAACGUUAAAAACGUUAUGUUUACUUUUUCUUGCAAAACGACGAAUCAAUAUAAAUAUUCUUCCAAAAAAAUUUUCUCAAGAAUAUGAACUUUUUGCACGAUCAACUUUAAUUCGACAACGUUCAGCAGGAGAAACAAGUGGAUAA